CAUUCUCAAUGUCGGGAUCGGUGUCGUUCUUGAGCCGGUUCUCUAGGCGCUGUCCGCCUCGGUCUCCGGCUCGUCUUCCGCCCUCUGUCCUCCGGGAUCCGGGACGGCGCCCCUCUCCGGCUCCGAGGGGUUCGUUGAUGGAGUCCUGUUUUGGCUUUGAGUCGCUGCCUCUUGUUUCUGAGAUUUGAGCGUCCAGCAGGGCGAGCAGGGAGAGCCACCAGUUAGGUCAGCUACUUAAGGGAAGAAAUUUCUGUCUCUGGGACUGCUCUACUCGCUUGAACAGUUUCUAGGGCAUUGUGAGCGCUCAGUACGUGUCUGCGGAAUGAAUGUUAGGGACUGCGUGCCAAAGUUCUCGAAGGAGCCCUCUCCUUUGGAGAGGCUGGCUGAAGGCGAAGAGGUGAUGGAAGACUGGGAAGAACUUGGAACUUGGAACUUGAGCUACUUGAUGUACAGUGAUGGCGUGCCCAGUGAUGGAAACUGGCUCACUUUUUACCUCAGGAAUUAAGAGACAUGUGAAAGACAAAAGAAUUUCAAAGACUGCUAAGUUGAAUGUUUCUCUUGCUUCAAAAAUAAAAACAAAAAUUCUAAAUAAUUCUUCUAUUUUCAAAAUAUCUUUAAAGCACAACAACAGGGCAUUAGCUCAGGCUCUUAGUAGAGAAAAAGAGAAUUCUCGAAGAAUUGCAACUGAAAAGAUGCUAUUGCAAAAAGAAGUAGAGAAACUGAAUUUUGAGAACACAUUUCUUCGCCUAAAGCUGAAUAACUUGAAUAAGAAGCUUAUAGACAUAGAAGCUCUCAUGAACAAUAACUUGAUAACUGCAAUUGAAAUGAGCAGUCUUUCUGAGUUCCAUCAGAGUUCCUUUCUACUGUCAGCUAGCAAGAAGAAACGAAAUAGUAAACAGUGCAAGUUGAUGCGUCUUCCAUUUGCAAGGGUUCCAUUACCUUCAAAUGAUGAUGAAGAUGAUGAUAAAGAGAAAAUGCAGUGUGACAACAAUGUUAAAUCAAAGACGUUACCUGAUAUUCCCUCUUCAGGAUCAACAACACAACCUUUAUCAACUCAGGAUAAUUUGGAAGUGUUAUUUCUUAAAGAAAAUAAUCAAAAUGUAUAUGGUUUAGAUGAUUCAGAACAUAUUUCUUCUAUAGUUGAUGUACCUCCCAGAGAAAGCCAUUCCCACUCAGACCAAAGUUCUAAGAGUUCUCUAACGAGUGAGAUGAGAAAUGCCCAAUCUAUUGGCCACAGAUGGGAGAAACCAUCUCCUAGUAAUGUGACUGAAAGGAAGAAGCGUGGGUCAUCUUGGGAAUCAAAUAAUCUUUCUGCAGACACUCCCUGUGCAACAGUUUUAGAUCAACAACACAUUUCAAGUCCAGAAUUAAAUUGCAAUGAUGAGAUAAAUGGUCAUACUAAUGAAACAAAUACUGAAAUGCAAAGAAAUAAACAGGAUCUUCCUGGCUUAUCUUCUGAGUCUGCCAGAGAACCUAAUGCAGAGUGCAUGAAUCAAGUUGAGGAUAAUGAUGACUUUCAAUUGCAGAAAACUGUGUAUGAUGCUGACAUGGAUUUAACUGCUAGUGAAGUCAGCAAAAUUGUCACAGUUUCAACAGGCAUUAAAAAGAAAAGUAAUAAAAAAACAAAUGAACAUGGAAUGAAAACUUUCAGAAAAGUGAAAGAUUCAAGCUCUGAAAAAAAGAGAGAAAGAUCAAAGAGACAGUUUAAAAAUAGUUUAGAUGUGGAUAUCGGGGAAAAGAUUGAAAAGAGGCCAGAAAGAUCUGAUGUCCUGGAUGGCAAAAGGGAUGCUGAAGAUCCUGGUUUUAUUUUCAAUAAUGAACAGCUGGCUCAGGUGAAUGAACUGAAGAAAAUGACCCUUCAAACUGGCUUUGAACAAGGUGAAAGAGAAAACAUACCAUGUAAUAAAAAGAAGAAAAGAAUAACAAAUGAGCAAGGGGAAACAUACUCUUUAUCCCAAAGUUCAGAUAAAUUUCACCAGGAGAGUAAACUUGAUAAGGGUCAGAAUUCCCUAACUUGUAAUAAAAGUAAAGCUUCUAGACAGACAUUUGUGAUUCACAAAUUAGAAAAAGAUAACUUACUGCCAAACCAAAAGGAUAAAGUAACCAUUUAUGAAAACCUAGAUGUCGCAAAUGAAUUUCAAACAGUCAGUCUUUCCACCAAAGAUAAUGGAAAUUUAUGUGAUUAUGGGACCCACAAUAUAUUGGAUUCGAAAACGUAUGUCACUGAUAUUCAACCUUCUGAGCAGAAUGAAUCAAACAUUAAUAAGCUUAGAAAGAAAGUAAACCGGAAGACAGAAAUAAUUUCUGGAAUGAACCACAUGUAUGAGGAUAAUGAUAAAGAUGUGGUGCAUGGCCUAAAAAAAGAUAAUUUUUUUUCCGAAACCCAAGAGGAUAAAGAACCUAUCUCUGAAAACAUAGAAGUUUCCAAAGAGCUUCAAAUCCCAGCUCUUUCUACCGGAGAUAAUGAAAAUCAAUAUGACUAUAGGACCCAGAAUGUGUUGGGUUUGCAAAAGCAGAUCACCAAUAUGUACCCCGUUCAGCAAAAUGAAUCAAAAGUUAAUAAGAAGCUUCGGCAGAAAGUAAAUCGGAAGACAGAAAUAAUUUCUGAAGUGAAUCAUUUAGAUAAUGAAAAAAGUAUAGAAUACACAGUUAAAAGUCACUCACUCUUUUUAACUCAAAAAGAUAAGGAAAUCAUCCCUGGAAACCUAGAAGACCCAAGUGAGUUUGAAACACCUACUGUUUCUACCAAAGAUAGUGGAAACCUGUAUGAUUCUGAGAUUCAAAAUGUUUUGGGGGUGAAACAUGUCCAUGAUAGGCAACCUGCUUGUCAAAAUGAUUCAAAAAUAGGUAAGAAGCUUCGACUAAAUGUAUCUCAAAAGUCGGAAAUAAUUCCUGAAACCAAUCAAAUAUAUGAGAAUGAUGACAAAGGUGUACAUGACCUAGAAAAAGAUAACUUCUUUUCUCUAACCCCAAAGGACAAAGAAACAAUUUCUGAAAAUCUACAAGUCACAAAUGAAUUUCAAACAGUUGAUCUUCCCAUCAAAGAUAAUGGAAAUUUAUGUGAUUAUGACACCCAGAGUAUAUUGGAUUUGAAAAAGUAUGUUACUGAUAGGAAAUCUGUUGAGCAAAAUGAAUCAAAAAUAAAUAAGAAGCUCAGGAAUAAAGUGAAUUGGAACACAGAAAUAAUUUCUGAAGUGAACCAGAUAUAUGAGGAUAAUGAUAAAGAUGUACAUGUCCAAGAAAGCUAUACAAAAGAUCUUGAUUUUAAAGUAAAUAAAUCUAAACAAAAACCUAAAUGCCAAGACAUUAUCAAUGAACACUAUAUGGAAAUCAACAGUAAUGAAAAGGAAAGUUGUGAUCAAAUUUCAGAUUCCUACAAAGUAGUUAAAAAGUGUAAGAAAGAAUCAUCAUGCAAGGCAAAGAACAUUUUGACAAAAGGUAAGAACAAACUUGCUUCACAGUUAACAGAAUCUUCACAGACAUCUGUCUCCUUAGAAUCUGAUUUAAAACAUAUUACUAGUGAAGCAGAUUCUGAUCCAGGAAACCCGGUUGAACUAUGUAAGACUCAGAAGCAAAGCACUACCACUUUGAAUAAAAAAGGAGAUACCCCUUUUGUGGAAGAAAUAAAAGAAGGAGAAUGUCAAGUUAAAAAGGUAAAUAAAAUGACAUCUAAGUCAAAGAAAAGGAAGACCUCCAUAGAUCCUUCUCCAGAGAGCCAUGAAGUAAUGGAAAGAAUACUUGACAGCAUUCAGGGAAAGUCUACUGCAUCUGAACAAGCUGAUAAGGAAAACAAUUUGGAGAAUCAGAAAAUGGUCAAAAAUAAGCCAGACUUUUACACAAAGGCAUUUAAAUCUUUGUCUGAGAUAUAUUCACCCAACAUACAAGAUUCUUCCUUUCACAGUGUUCGUGAAGGUUUAACACCUUUGAACAUUUCUUCUAGUAAAAAUGUGAUAAUAAAAGAAAAUUUUGCCUUGGAGUGCUCACCAGCCUUUCAAGUAAGUGAUGAUGAGCAUGAGAAAAUGAACAAGAUGAAAUUUAAAGUCAACCGGAGAACCCAAAAGUCAGGAAUAGGUGAUAGACCAUUACAGGACUUGACAAAUACCAGUUUUGUUUCAAAUAACACUGCUGAAUCUGAAAAUAAGUCAGCAGAUCUAUCUUCAGAACGGACAAGCAGAAGAAGAAGGUGUGCUCCUUUCCAUUUUAAAGAGCCAAGCCUCAGAGACAAGAUGAGAAGAUGAAGUGAAUGUAUGGAUUCUGGUUUUUCUGAAUUUGAUUCAAAGCAUAAGGAAUCAAAACAGAAAUAUAACUACUAUCAAGAAGAUGAAGUGCUUGAUGAAAAGUUUUUUUUUUUGGCCUUUCACGGAGUGUUGAUUUGUCCAUUCUUAAUAUUUAUUAAUAGGUAUAUGUGCAUAAAAUAGCUAUUUUGUAACAUUAAGCUUUUUAAGUCAUUUUGGUCAUCAUAUAACAUCUUCCUAUUUAUUUAAGCUUCUUUUUACCUAGUAGCCUUUAACCAAACAAUAGCUAUUAACGUUUUAAGCAAAUAAAAUGUGUUAAAUACCUUUGCAUUGGUUAUCUUGUAUACUAGUCUGUCUUGUUUUGCUGUGUGUUUUUAAUCCAUUCAAUAUAUGUGGACAUCUAAAAGGGUUUAAAAGCCACCUCCUUCCCUGGCCCGUUUUCUCUCCCUUCAUUCUUCUGUUUUCAGAAAUACAUGUUGAAUGUCAGCUUCUGUAUUACUUCUAUUAUAUGUAAUCUGAUGACUUAGAGGAGGAGAUUAACCUUUCAGGCUCUUUUGAAUUUGGUUUUUAUAACUUUAUUUUAAAGAUCACUUACUCUUCCAGUAAUAAGUAGUAAAAAAUCCUAUUCAUAUCUGAGAUCAAUACACAGUUUAUUGAAUUCAAAUAACUACUCAAACUGUAUUCCACCUAGAUGGAAAACUUUUUUAGACAGUAUCUGACCACUAAAGGGUGGGCCCAGAAAUCUGCAUCUUAAUCAGAUGCUUCCGGUAACUCUGUCCUAGGAUUGUCCUAGUACCACACUUUGAGAGACUGCAGUAGGGGUACAGAGUGCUCUAGGGGUUUAGUCAAUAGCUCCAGUGAAGGAUGGAUAGUUUUAGUCAAAGAAUCCCAGUUGAUGAAUGAAGAAGAAAGACUAGAAUUAGAAAAAUUGCAACCCCCUAUUAAAACUAAUGGAUGUAAAACAAUUAGGUGAAAUGUUGAUGAAGAAAUUCAUUACAAAGGAAUAGCCCUCAGAACCCAUUGAUCAAUGUUAGCAUCAUUAUGAAUGAAACAACCAGACACCAUAUGCUUCCUGCUGUGCUGCAAUAUUAAGUGUAUGGUACCACCUAUGAAGUGUUCUUGCCCUCUCCCCACAAAAAAAUUGAACCUGAAUUUAAUCAAAGCUUUAGAUCUAAUAUUUAGUACACAGGAAAUAAGUAGAGUAGAAAAACAACCCAGGGAGAGCCACAUUCAAAAAAUGUUUCAUUUAAAUAGGACAACUGACCUGGUUUCUUUUUCAAUAUGUUAACAGUGUUAAAAAGUCUGUUUUCGAUCAAAAGAGGCUGAUGAGACCACAUGCAAAUACGUUGCACAGCUCUUGUUUGAUUCAAAGAAGUCAAGUGUAAAAGACAUUUUUUAGACACUGAGAAAUGGCAUUGCAACUGACUAAAAGAAUGUGUAUGUGUGUUUUUGAAGUAUUUAGGGCUAAAAUAUGUCCAGGAUUGGCUUUUAAAUACUACAAAAAAUGGAGUAUGGCAAAAUGUUUUGUUAAAACUCAGUGAAGGGCAGGUAGAUGCCAGUUGCACUCUUCACUUUUAUGUACAAAGUUUGGAAAAUUUCACAACAAAAUUUUUGUGUUUACAUAAAUGAAAUAACAUGGGAGAAUGUUCUAAGGUAUGGCAAGUGAAAAGAAGCCUGGAAAAUAACUAGUUUAAUCCCACGUAAGUUUUUAAAGGUGUACAUGUUUCAAAAAGUAAGGAUAGACCAAAGUGAAUGGUGGUAAGCUCUAAGUUGUGGACUUAGGUGAUCUUUAUUUUUAUGCUUUGCUGUAUUUUCCAAGUUUUUUUUUUUUUUUAAAGUUUUCCAAGAUGUUUUACAUCUCUGUUCUUAUUUACCAGAUAAACUUGGUGGUUAGUUACUGGAUAAACUGUAAAUAGUGAUAAAAUUUUUAAAUUUAUAUCAAGGUAGCUCUUCGUUUUAAAACCAGUAAUUAUUAGGUUGGCGCAAGAUUAAUUGCAGUUCUUGCCAUUGGAAGGUAUGGUAAAAACCGCAAUUACUUUUGCACCAACCUUAUAUUUCUAGAAGAUCAAGUUGUAAACCUUUUUGUUUUCCCUAAGAUCCGCUCCUGCAGAGUUGGAAUAAAUAUGAUUGUUUACACUUAAGAGUCCAGAACUACAGCAGGCCUGGUUGGAGGAGAGGUACUACUGUUCCCAGACUUAAAUCCAGCUGGAACAUCACCUAAAAUACGCAAUAACAUAAGACCAUCAAAAGCAAUGUCCCAGGACUUACAAUGUUUGCUAAGACGCAAGAGGGUGUGACACAGACGCUCAGCGCCACUGGCAAGGAGAUGAAGGGGUCGUCUUCAUCUUCGCCGGAUGAUUUCCGCCCACAUAGAGGGCGCCAGUGACGCCCACACACGUGCUGGUGUCCCGGGAAGAGUUUUCCUGGCAAUGAGCUCAGGAACUUUGGAUCUUAAUCAAGGCUUUCUCGGUCAGGGUGUGGGUUGGACUUCAGGCUCCAGCAAGCCCCGUCCCACACGGCGGGUCGGUGCCCCCCGGUCCCAGGUGCCCGCUACUUCCCAGAACCGCCGCCUCCCGCUCUGGGCCCUCGAACCAGCGCGGACACCACAAUGGACAGGGCGUCCGAACUGCUCUUCUACGUGAACGGCCGCAAGGUGA